GUGAACCGUUUACAGUGUUGCAUAUACUCAUGACUUAAUGAAACAGCAGAAUAGAUGUUUAAAAUUCACAUUCACACUUCAGGAGUUCCAUAUUUUUGUAUUGUAUCAGGAUUAUUGCAAGGAUCUAAAUAUAUGAGAGGCAAACUUUGAAAUACAGAUUGAAUUCUGUGCAGCUUUACCAUAGAUGUCAAAAAUGUCUGUUUAUGUCAUAUACGACCUUGACAAUAACUGUUUCAAAAUAGGAAAGAGCGAUGAUGUUGAAGGACGUUUAAGUGAGAUCCGUGAGCAACACCCGAGAGCAGUCGAAGUGAUGAGACAAACAGUUAGAACUGAGCAUGCCUCCGCUGCCGAAUCUGCGGCUCAUUCAAGGGUCCAGACACGUCUCAAUAUGGUGCCAAUAUGUAUCGAUCCUAAUGACUCUGAUUGGUUUAAACCAUCAAUUAGAGGAAUAACAAAAAGGACAAUAGAACAGACAAUAAAAGAAGCUAUCAUACAGUACACAUAGAUGGCGCUUUGGUUAGUAAACUUAUCAGGUCCUGUGAUGAAUCAUGUAACAAAAAAUAAUAUGAUGGUUUAUAUUAUAAUUUCAAUUAGGGACAAUAUUCCCCACUCAACAGCUAGUAAAAUAUCAUAUUUUCUAUUAGUGGGUUAAAGCUUAUCAUUAUCAAUUAUUUCUAAGAAAGGUUUUUGGCUACCUUUGUCAAUUGCAGUACUUUGUCAAUAUGCAGUAAGUUAAAGUGUGUUGGAACUACGCUAAUGUGAAAAAAAUUGUAUUGAUCAUUUGUUAAGGAUCUUAACUUAGGCAUUUUAUGAUUGAAAUCAUUUUUGACUUAUCAGACUAAUAUAGGAGGAUUGGCUCCCAGAGUGCAACAUCGAUAUUUUUGCCAUAUAUGGGCAUGUCGUGAUUACAAAAUUUGAAUUCAAACAGCCGCCAUUUUGUUCGCUUCAGCAUUUGGAUCAUGAAUUUUGGUCUUAUU